GACACUCGCCGAGUUUCUCCGAGUGAAGCCGAGCGCAGAGGAUCAGCUGACUGCGAGGCUCGGUCCUUCGAUGGAUCGUUUCUCAGUUUAGAGAUUAAAAAAAAGAAAGUAAAACCAGUUUGUGAUCAAUCGCUCGAUCGAUCAGGUGAACGCCGACAUGCCGUCGCUUCUGUUCUGCGGGCCGAAGAUGGCCGCGUGCGGGAUCGUGAUCAGCAUCUGGGGUGUGAUUAUGUUGGCGAUGCUGGGAAUCUUCUUCAGCGCCAAGUCGGCCGUGCUGAUCGAGGACGUCCCGUUCACCGAGGCGGACAUUCGUGACGAUAAAAGUCCUCCUCAGAACAUCUACAACCUCUACAACCAGGUCGGCAUCAACUGCUUCAUCGCCGCCGCCGUCUACGUGGCGGUCGGCGCUGUCUCGCUCUGCCAGGUUCGACUGAACAAGCGGCAGGAAUACAUGGUGACAUAAAGACCUGCAGCCGCCUCGGCGGCAUCUGAGCACCAGAGGAAGGUUUUAUCUCAUCUGAUUGGCUUAGAUUAAUGAGGGGGCGGGGCCAGGCAUCACCUGGAUUAUUUAUUUUGAAUUUAACUGUUUGUUGUUGUUGUUGUUGUUGUUGGAUGAAAUGUGACAUGAUUCCUGUGAAUGAGUUCUUCCCAAAAGCGACCAAACGUUUGAGGUUUAUUUCGUGAUUUAAACAAACGCAGAAACUCGUCCCGCUGCUGAAGACGCUCAGUCGGCUGCAGGCGACGCCUUCGUGGUCGUAUCAGCUCAGAAACGAACACGGAGGCGUCAGAGCUCCCUGCUGCUCUCUGAAGAAACCGAAAUGUUACGUAAAAUAAAGUCUGUUUGUCAUAAAUGUGACUUUAAAGGUGUUAAUGGGACAAAAACCUCCUUUGCAAUAAAGUGUAUGUGUGUAAAACGGA